UGCCACAUACCUUGUCCAGAGCUGAGCAGCUGGGAGGCUAUUUAUAAAGGCGGGUGAGAUCAGCAACAGAAGCUAUAAAUGCACUGGCCACAGUUGGGCCCCACAGGAACAGCGGUCCAGUGCCCCAGAGCUUGGGCUGCGACACCAGGAUGAGUGCCAGUGCCAGUGGUAGUGGUGCUGUGGACUGUGGUGGCAGCAGCAGCAGCAGCUCUCAGACUUCCUGUGGGCCCGAGUCCUCAGGCUCUGAAUUAGCUCCAGCCACACCAGCACCUCGGUUGCUAAAGGGACUCCUGGGCUCCGACGAUGAGGAGCAGGAAGACCCCAAGGACUAUUGCAAGGGUGGUUACUACCCAGUGAAGAUCGGCGAUUUGUUCAAUGGGCGGUACCAUGUGGUACGCAAGCUAGGCUGGGGCCACUUCUCUACUGUCUGGCUCUGCUGGGAUAUUCAGCGCAAGCGGUUCGUGGCCCUGAAAGUAGUGAAGAGCGCAGGGCAUUACACAGAGACAGCCGUGGAUGAGAUCAAGCUCCUGAAAUGUGUCCGGGACAGUGACCCUAGUGACCCCAAAAGAGAGACCAUUGUUCAGCUCAUUGAUGACUUCAGGAUCUCAGGAGUUAAUGGAGUCCACGUAUGCAUGGUGCUAGAGGUCCUGGGCCACCAGCUCCUCAAGUGGAUCAUCAAGUCCAACUACCAGGGUCUGCCUGUGCCCUGUGUUAAGAGCAUCGUUAGGCAGGUGCUGCAUGGUCUGGAUUACCUUCAUACUAAGUGCAAGAUCAUCCACACGGACAUCAAGCCUGAGAACAUCCUGCUGUGUGUUGGAGAUGCCUAUAUCAGGCGCCUGGCUGCUGAAGCCACAGAGUGGCAGCAGUCAGGGGCCCAGCCCCCUUCCCGCUCCACAGUCAGCACCGCCCCCCAGGAGGUCUUGACUGGUAAGCUGUCCAAAAACAAGAGGAAGAAGAUGAGGCGCAAAAGGAAACAACAGAAGCGGCUGCUGGAGGAGCGGCUGAGGGACCUGCAGAGGCUGGAGGCCAUGGAGGCCGCGGUACAGGCUGAGGACUCCAGCUCCAGACUAGAGCGGGGCAGCGGCUCCACCUCUUCUUCGGGCUGCCACCCAGAGGGCACCAGGGCUGGCCCUUCUCCAGCCUCCUCUUCCCCUGUGCCUGGGGGUGACCGCAGCCUUAGUCCCAGUUCACAGACCUCAGGUUUCUCAGGGUCCCUGUUCUCCAUGGCUUCCUGCUCCAUCCUCUCAGGCUCAUCCAACCAGCGUGAGACUGGAGGUCUCCUGUCUCCUAGCAUACCAUUUGGCGCUUCCAACCUCCUGGUGAACCCCCUGGAGCCCCAAAAUGCAGACAAGAUUAAGAUCAAGAUCGCAGACCUUGGCAAUGCCUGCUGGGUGCACAAGCACUUCACCGAGGACAUUCAGACUCGCCAGUACAGGGCUGUGGAGGUGCUGAUUGGUGCUGAGUAUGGGCCCCCAGCUGACAUCUGGAGCACAGCGUGCAUGGCCUUCGAGCUGGCCACUGGUGACUAUCUGUUUGAGCCUCACUCUGGAGAAGACUACAGUCGUGAUGAGGACCACAUUGCUCAUAUCGUGGAGCUUCUGGGAGACAUCCCCCCAGCUUUUGCUCUCUCAGGCCGCUAUUCACGGGAAUUCUUCAACCGUAGAGGAGAACUGCGGCACAUCCACAACCUCAAGCACUGGGGCCUCUAUGAGGUGCUCAUGGAGAAGUACGAGUGGCCCCUGGAGCAAGCGACACAGUUCAGUGCGUUUCUGUUGCCCAUGAUGGAGUACAUCCCUGAGAAGCGGGCCAGUGCUGCCGACUGCCUUCAGCACCCCUGGCUUAAUCCCUAGGCCCUGCUGCAGCUGGGGACAGUAGCAGCCGUGCUGGUUUUAGCCCU